AUGGCGUUCAGAAGAUUCACCAGCGCUAGCAUGCCAGAGCCUGAGACAGACAGACAGACUGUAGAGAUGAGCGAUUUUGAGGAGAUGGUGCUCGAGGAGGACGGCAAGCGGAGCGAGGAGAACUCUGCCCAUGGCGAUUUCAAGCUUUCCGUGUCAGGACAGUUGGUUUUCCUGACGCUGUCGGUGUUGACGUUGAUGGUUGCGCUGGAUGGAACGUCUAUAUCGGUGGCUUUGCCGAAAAUCUCUCUUGAACUGCAUGGAUUGGCAAUGGAGGCGUUUUGGAGUGGGACCUCGUUCCUGUUAUGCUCCACUGUAUUCCAACCCACUACUGCAACACUGUCCAAUAUCUUUGGUCGUCGUCCAGUCCUAUUCGUCUCGCUCACCUUGUUCUUCAUCGGUUCUCUUCUCGCCGGCAUUGCCAAGAAUUUUACCGACAUCCUUAUCGGCCGUUGUAUUCAAGGAGUCGGCGGCGGCGGCAUUGCAGUGCUUUCCGAGAUCAUUGUUACGGACCUUGUUCCGCUCCGUCUGCGGGGCCGAUACUAUGGCAUCCUCAGUGCCAUGUACAGCGUGGGCUCCGUGUUGGGCCCCAUCUUGGGCGGUGGUUUCAGCGAAAAGGCCUCCUGGCGCUGGAUCUUCUACAUCAACUUCCCCUUCAUCGGUAUUGGCGGCUUCCUCGUGGUCUUCUUCUUCCGACUCCCGACGCCCAAGGGGUCUCUUUACCAGAAACUCGCCUGUGUGGACUGGACCGGAGCUGUCCUUUUCAUCGGGAGCGUAUCCGCCGUGCUAAUCCCAAUCUCUUGGGGGGGCAUCAUGCAUGCCUGGUCGUCAUGGCGCACCGUCGUGCCCUUAUCCGUCGGCGCAGCAGGCCUUGUCGCUUUCUGCAUCUGGGAAGUCCUCCUUGUAUCCACCGAGCCGAUGAUCCCCCCCGACAUAUUUCGCAACCGCAGCGCCACCAUCGCCCUAGCGACCUCCUUCCUCCAGGGUCUGAACCUCUGGUGCGCCCUGUACUACCUCCCUCUUUACUACGAAGCCGUCCGCGGGUUUGGCCCCAUCCUCACCGGAGUCGCCUUGUUCCCAGAGACCUUCACUAUCGCACCCGCUGCCAUCCUUUGCGGCCUCAUCGUCACCGCCACUGGUCACUACCGUUGGGGCUUAUGGAUCGGAUGGAGCAUCAGCGCCAUGGGCGCGGGUCUUCUCUGUCUGCUCGAGGUGGAUACCCCGACCGUGGCGUGGAUCUUCCUGAAUGUGCCCGGAGGUGUAGGCAUCGGGAUUCUGACGGCCGCCUUAGUUUGUGCCGUGCAGGCAUCCGCGACACGCCAUAAUCUCACUGCGUCGGUCGCUAUGGUCGUGUUCUUUCGCUCAUUCGGUCAGGCAGUAGGCAUUGCUGUCGGAGGAGUUGUCUUUCAGAAUCGCAUGCGUCACCAUCUGCAGGGGUACGUGGAGCUGGCGCCUCGGGCGGAUGAGCUGGCUCGCGAUGCAGCUGCGUUGGUGACGACGAUGCGCGAUAUGACGGACGAGACGGCGAAAGCGCAUUUGAAACAAGCGUAUACGGAUAGCUUGCGUGCGAUCUGGGCUGUGUGUUGUGGAAUUUCUGGAGUGGGCUUGGCACUGAGUGUGUUCGUUAAGAAGUAUGAUUUGAAUCGCGCGUUGAAGUCGGAUGGCGACGAGGAAGAAAAUGACAAGAAAGAACAGGUGGACGACGAUCAGGUGACGAUGUAGAGCCCUAACGAGGUGAAGGAAGAGGAAGGCGUCACGGAGGUAUCUUGAAUAGAAUGGAUAUCAUUGCGUCCUGUUUUUUCAUACUUGUUAUUAUCUAUCCC